AUGACGCCCGGCAAACAUUCGGGUGGCACCGGGUCGCAGCAGCAGUCCGGAAAGGACCUCUCCCAGUCAGUCGCCACAAUGCCCAUCACUCCGUCAGCCAGCAACAAAAGGGAAAAUGCCAAGGUGAAUAAUAGUAGUGGUAAAAUAAGGGAAUUAGUGAUAAUGGUGUUUGAUAUAAAUGGAGUUGAUGUUACUCCCCAACCUCUUUACCAUCCAGAUCCCAAUACUAGUACAGCAAAACCGAGUAAACUACUAACACCACAAGAUGGGUCACUUGGAUCAGCCUAUGCAUCUUCUUAUAGCUUUUAUCAUAAUACUUUAAAUCCUAGUUUAUUUGGACAAUUUACCAGGUCAGCUGUGGGAAGCAGUACUAUUUCUAAGUCAAGCAUAUCAACAAUCGAAUCAAUAGCAGAAGAUCUGGAUGAACCAUCCUAUAAAAGAGAGAGAUUGUCUAGCUUUACAGAUUUACGAGUUGUGAGAGCAACACUUGACAAAAUUGUAACAAAAGAAGACUUGGAGAAGAACAUAGAGAUAAUACUGACAGAGACAGAAACACUGAGACUUUUUGAUCUGCCAACAGUCAUGGUCUCUGUAGAAUCUGAAGAAGCUGAGAAAGUAAACCAGAAAAAUCAGAAGUAUGAAACUCUUUGUAAAAAUAGAGUAGGCAAUGACUUAUAUGUUGAAAGGAUGAUGCAGACUAUUAAUGGAGCACCAAAAAUGAAAGAAGUUCAGUGUGACAAAAUCAUAAUGGAGGACAAAGGUGUAAUGUCCACCACUUGGGAUAUGUAUGAUUCCUAUGCUGCCAUGGAAUGUUCGUCUUUACCAGCAAAACAAUUUGAAAUUGACAUUAGUAAAACAAAUGUACCCUCAAAAGAAUGGGACCAAAGAAAGCCAGGAAGUACUACAGAAAAAAAUAGUGAAACAAGUUCUCUAAUGGAUAUUGAAAAUGUAAUUCUUGCUAAAAUCCAUGAAGAUGAAGAUGACCAAUCAGAUGCAGUAUUAAAAUCAGAAAAGUUUCAUCAAGACUUAUUUUUUAUGGAAAGGGUUUUAAUGGAAAAUAUAUUUCAGCCAAAACUUGCAGCUUACCGCCAACUUCCUAUUUUAAAAGAACUUGGACCUGAAGAAGAAGCUGAAGACUUUUUACAAGGUGAAAAACAUGUAGUUGCAGAGGAAGAAACUAAGAAGGAUGAAGAUGAAGAAAUUGAAAUAGAUGCACAACAAUCAAAAAUACCAGCCAAUUUGGAACGACUUUGGUCAUUUUCCUGUGACUUAACAAAAGGCCUAAAUGUCAGCAGCCUUGCCUGGAAUAAAGCAAAUCCAGAUAUUUUGGCUGUUGGCUAUGGGCACUUUGGAUUUAAAGAGCAAAAAAGAGGGCUGGCCUGCUGCUGGUCUCUAAAGAACCCCAUGUGGCCAGAACGUAUUUACCAGAGUUUACAUGGAGUUACUGCUGUGGAUUUUUCCAUUGGAUCACCUAACCUUUUAGCAGUUGGCUAUUACAGUGGCUCAAUUUCAAUUUAUAAUGUACAGAGCAACAGUACUCUUCCAGUUCUGGAUAGCAGUGAAUCUUUUCAUCAACAUUUGGGACCUAUCUGGCAACUGCAGUGGAUAGAACAAGAUCGAGGAACAACAGGUGAAGACAAAAGAGAAAUACUAGUUUCAAUAUCAGCAGAUGGAAGAAUCUCUAAAUGGGUUAUAAGAAAAGGACUGGAUUGUCACGAUCUGAUGCGGUUGAGGCGAACUACCACUAGCAUGAACAAAAGAAUAGGGGAAAAAGAAAAGAAAAGUGAAGCUUUGAUAUCUCGACAAGCUCCUGGAAUGUGUUUUGCUUUUCAUCCCAAGGACUCAAAUAUCUAUUUGGCUGGUACUGAAGAAGGCCAUAUUCACAAAUGUUCUUGUUCAUAUAAUGAACAAUAUCUGGACACCUAUAGAGGACAUAAGGGUCCUGUGUAUAAAAUAGCAUGGAAUCCCUUUUCUCAUGAUGUAUUCCUAAGCUGUUCUGCAGAUUGGGGUGUUAUUAUAUGGCAACAGGACAACAAUAAGCCAUUUUUGACCUUUUAUCCAACUACUUAUGUAGUUUAUGAUAUUGCUUGGUCUCCAAAAUCAUCCUAUGUAUUUGCAGCUGCCAAUGAGAGCAGAGUGGAGAUUUGGGACCUUCACAUCAGCACUUUGGAUCCUUUGAUUGUACAUGAUGCUAACCCUGGAAUCAAGUUUACGACUGUUCUCUUUGCCAAGCAAACAGAUUGCCUUCUGGUGGGAGACAGUGAUGGGCAGGUUGCUGUGUAUGAGCUAAAGAAUAUGCCCACUUCUUUGGAUUCUGGUCGGGAAGUAGCAUAUGAUCAAGAACCAGUUGGAACAAAGAAAGAAGUCAAAGACGCCCUGAAGGCAUCUUAA